UUCCAACUUCCAACACUCAACCUUCUCUAUUUUUUCAAUUCUAGAUACUGAUUUUUAUUUUUUAUUUUAUUGUAAGUAAACUCAAUAAAACCAAAUUAAACCAAAGGGUUAUGAUAUUUGCAAACAGAGAUAUAUAUACAUGCACUACGUAAAUCUCCAUUGUUUUGUCUUUUUCAACUACAAUUAUCAAAUAUAUUUUAAUGAGCGGAGUCGGUUUUUUUCCAUGAAACAUUCUUAAUGAUCAUGACCGACAUUAAUUAAUGCAUUAUAUUCUUAAGAUUUAUGAUUCAUAAACAAAAAAUAGAUAAAAUUGUAUAAUACCAAAUCAAACUAUAUUGUUAUAAAAUAAAGAAAAAGAUAGAUAGCAAUUCUUUAAGACAAAAAAAAAAAAAACACAUUAAUUCAUUUUGUAGAAUUCAUCUAAAAUGGCCACUUCUAAUAUAAAAAUUAAAGAAAUGGACCGAUUUGUUAAUUGCCAAAAUUAUAGAAGAGAGGAGAAAGAGAGAGAAUUUUUUUUGUAAUAAAAAGGGUAAGAAUUGAGACCCAUUUUGGUAAUUUGAAAUGCACAACUGCCUCAUUUAAAACCCCAACGUUCCCUCCUCUCAGUUUCAGUAUUCAUCAUCGCUUCUCAAACAGAAUUCUCCAAACAAUGUCGUCGACGGCGAAAAAGUUCCCGCCGAUUACAAAGUGCAAUGAGUCGACGACGACUUCCUACGGUUCGAUCGCAGCAGAUCUCGAUGGAACGCUUCUCAUCUCCAGAAGCUCCAUCCCUUACUUCAUGCUCGUAGCCGUUGAAGCUGGCAGUCUACUCCGUGGCUUCAUCCUUCUCCUCUCUCUACCUCUCGUCAUCUUCGCCUACCUUUUCGUUUCAGAAGCCUUGGGAAUCCAAAUCCUCAUCUUUAUUUCUUUCGCCGGCCUCAAGAUCCGAGAUAUUGAGCUCGUCUCACGCGCCGUCUUGCCAAGAUUUUACGCGGCGGAUGUGAGAUCGGAGAGCUUCGAUGUGUUCGACAAGUGUGAAAGAAAGGUUGUCGUGACAGCCAACCCGACGUUGAUGGUGGAGCCGUUCGUGAAGGAAUUUCUUGGCGGGACCAAGGUUUUGGGAACGGAGAUCGCGGUGAAUCCAAAGACCAAGAAGGCCACCGGUUUCGUCAAAAGUCCCGGCGUUUUGGUCGGGAAAUGGAAGAAGAUUGCCAUUGAGAAAGAGUUUGGUGGCGACUCGCCGGAUAUCGGUAUUGGGGACCGGGAGUCUGAUCACGAUUUCAUGUCUCAGUGCAAGGAAGGUUACAUGGUGCCCCCAAGCAAAACAGCCACUCCAGUCGAACUCGAUCGCCUUAAGAACAAGAUAAUCUUCCACGAUGGCCGCCUUGUCCAACGCCCGGACAUACUCAAUGCCAUCAUUACCUACCUCUGGCUACCCUUCGGUUUUAUCCUCUGUAUCCUUCGUGUCUACAUCAACCUCCCCCUUCCCGAGCGCAUAGUCCCCUACACCUACGCCAUGCUAGGCAUCAAGCUCAAGAUCCGUGGAAAUCGACCUCCACCGCAGAGCCCCGGAAUUCUCUACGUUUGCAACCACCGUACCGCCCUGGACCCCAUCAUUUGCGCUAUCGCCUUGGGCCGCAAAGUGUCCACCGUCACCUACAGUGUCAGCAGGCUUUCGCGCUUCCUCUCGCCCAUCCCCGCAAUUGCGCUCACACGGGACCGCGUGGACGACGCGCGCCGUAUCUCGGCGCUGCUCCAGAAGGGAGAUUUAGUGGUAUGCCCGGAGGGCACCACGUGUCGAGAACCUUACUUGCUGCGAUUCAGUGCUUUGUUUGCAGAGAUGAGCGAUAAGAUCGUGCCCGUUGCAGUGAACUGUAAGCAGAGCAUGUUUUAUGGGACGACUGUGAGAGGAGUGAAGUUCUGGGACCCAUACUUCUUCUUCAUGAACCCCAGGCCCACCUACGAGAUCACGUUCCUUGAUCAAUUGCCGGAGAGUAUGACGUGUAAGGCCGGAGGGAAGUCGUCGAUCGAGGUGGCCAAUCACGUGCAGAAGGUGCUGGGUGAUACUCUGGGGUUCGAGUGCACUGGAUUGACGCGGAAGGAUAAGUAUUGGUUGCUUGGGGAUAAUGAUGGCAAGGUCGAGUCUAUGUAUAAUAAUAAGAAGUGAACUAGUGAAUUGAUUUUGGGUUUGGGUUUACUAUUUUGUUGGAAUCCUGCCAUAGUUUAUUAUUGUUAUCUCUAUUUCAUUUUAUUUUUAAUAUUAUAACAAUAACACAAAUAGCUAAUGCCUAGUUGUAUUUUAUAUCUUUCUUUGGUAAUGACAAUGAUUAUGUGAUAAGCAUUGAA